CCCCGCCCCAUCCACAGUAAUACCCCGAGCGAGUAAUAAUAAGGGAGCAGUUUUUCUGGCCAGGCGAGAGAGGGACAGAGAGAGAGGGAGAGAGAGAACGGGGACGGGAGGAAGCGAAAUCUCCGUUUCAUGGAGGCUGAGGCGAGAGAGAUUUUCGGAGCUUGGAUGUGGAGGAGCAAAACAGCAGAACUAACUCAGGAAAUUGUCUUGGAGAAAAAGGCCGAACGUAGGCUGGGUCUGAGGAUCAGGCUGGGGUAGGUGGGGGAACCCGCAAGUUUAAAGCGAAAAGGAAAAGCGAGGUAUUUCCAGAGGUUCUCUCUGUGUGUGGUUAGUGCUUCCAUUUUAAAGGUAAAAAGCAUUGCAUUUCAGGUGUUCUUUGAUUUGUGUGUGUGUGUAAUUGGCAUUUAAGAAUUUCAAAAUCUUUAAUUUUUUUAAAAGACAAUAUCCAUACAUUGUUGGUUCCCAGGGUUUCACUGGAGUUGGAAGGAGUGCUGUUGUGUACAUACUAUUGUAUGGUUUUAUUUAUUAUUAUUUUUUUUACUGUGCAAAUCAGCUGGAAGAUUUUUUUUCUAAGUGCCAUAUCGGAUUUAUUCAUCCUUUUUUUUUUUUUUUUUUUUCCUUCUCUCAAAUAUAUCUGCUGUUGUCAUUUUAAGCAUCGGGAACCAGAAUUUUUUUUUUUUUCCUCCUCUGGAGCUGGAGGUUCUCUUGCCAACAGAAGGACAGCUGGGAAAACUGGAUUAAAAGGAUGGUUUUUAUCUGUAUUUUGCAGUUAAGACUGAUAUUUUGAAGGCACAUUCUUUCUGUGAUUUUUUUUUUUUAAGACCAUAGUGCUAACCUUGAAGAGAUUUGUGGUUGAAUUUUUGGUUUCUAAGAAGGUCACAGUUUUUCCUCUUUUUAUUUUUGGUCUUUUUUUUUUAAGAGGGGGAGGGGAAAAGGGCUAAGAGAGGAGACCAUGUUAACUGGUAGAAGUGGAGUGGAGCUUCAGUUACCAGGGUCUUGAGAGGUGCAGGAAAAGGGAUCCACUCUUCAAGUUGGGAGGCCCUCCUCUCGUCUUUCUUAAAAAUUGCAAGCGAUUCGAUCUUCAUCAAGACACCAAAGCUACGGGAUUCUGGAACCGUGGAGACACCGAGAAACCAUGAGUGUAAGGUUACCCCAGAGUAUAGACAGAUCAGCCAGUAAAAAGCAGUCUCACCUGUCCAGCCCCAUUGCAGCCUGGUUAAGCAGCCUGUCUUCUCUGGGAGAUUCUGCACCUGAGCGCAAGUCCCCUUCCCACCAUCGCCAGCCAUCUGAUACCUCCGAGACCACAGGUCUUGUACAGCGCUGUGUCAUCAUCCAGAAGGACCAGCAUGGCUUUGGCUUCACGGUCAGUGGGGACCGCAUCGUGCUGGUGCAGUCUGUGCGGCCUGGAGGUGCAGCCAUGAAAGCUGGUGUGAAAGAGGGCGACCGGAUCAUCAAAGUCAAUGGCACCAUGGUGACCAACAGCUCACACCUGGAGGUGGUGAAGCUUAUCAAAUCUGGUGCCUACGUCGCACUGACCCUCCUGGGCUCCUCACCUGCAUCUGUCGGUGUCUCUGGGCUCCAGCAGGAUCCAUCCCCAGCAGGAGCUCCCCGAGUCACCUCUGUGAUCCCCCCACCACCACCUCCUCCACCUCUGCCGCCUCCACAGCGCAUCACUGGACCCAAACCUCUGCAGGAUCCUGAAGUUCAAAAACAUGCCACCCAAAUCCUCAAGAAUAUGCUGAGGCAGGAGGAGAAAGAGUUACAGCGUAUCUGUGAGGUGUAUAGCCGGAACCCCGCCAGCCUGCUGGAAGAGCAGAUCGAAGGUGCCCGGCGGCGAGUCACUCAGCUGCAGCUGAAGAUCCAGCAGGAGACUGGUGGCUUAGUGGACAUUCUUCCUCUGUAUGGUGACGCCAGCCAGAGACCAUCGGAAGGCCGACUCUCUCUGGAUUCCCAGGAGGGGGACAGCGGCUUGGACUCAGGGACAGAGCGCUUUCUUUCCCUUAGUGAGUCGCUAAUGAAUCGGAACUCAGUACCAUCAGACCCCGGGCUUGACAGUCCCCGAACCUCUCCUGUGAUCAUGGCCAGGGCGACCCAGCACCACAGGCGGCAGGGUUCGGACGCACCUGUCCCCCCCACCAGCGACCAGGGUGUAGAUCAAAGCCCCAAGCCUUUAAUUAUCGGCCCAGAGGAAGAUUAUGACCCGGGUUAUUUCAACAACGAGAGCGACAUCAUAUUCCAGGACCUUGAGAAACUGAAGUUGCAUCCUGCUCACCUGGGGGUUUUCCUACGCUACAUCUUCUCUCAGGCAGACCCCAGUCCACUGCUUUUUUACCUGUGUGCAGAAGUGUACCAGCAGGCCAACCCCAAGGACUCCCGGAGUUUGGGAAAAGACAUCUGGAACAUCUUCCUAGAGAAAAACGCACCUCUGAGAGUGAAGGUCCCCGAGAUGCUGCAGGUGGAGAUCGACUCACGCCUUCGGAGUGGCGAGGAUGCCCGCGGAGCUCUCUGCGAAGCUCAGGAGGCGGCCUUGCCAGAGAUCCAGGAGCAGAUGCACGAGUACAGGACAAAGCGCACCCUAGGCCUGGGCAGCCUGUAUGGAGAGAAUGACCUGCUGGACCUGGAUGGGGACCCUCUCCGGGAGCGCCAAGUGGCUGAGAAGCAGCUGGCUGCCCUGGGCGACAUCCUGUCCAAGUACGAGGAAGAAAGGAGUGCCCCCAUGGACUUCGCUCUCAACACCUACAUGAGCCAUGCCGGGAUCCGUCUUCGAGAGGCACGACCUUCCAGCACAACUGAAAAGGCCCAGGCUGCUCCUGACAAGGACAAAUGGCUCCCCUUCUUUCCAAAGACCAAGAAGAGCAGCAACUCCAAGAAAGAAAAGGAUGCCUUGGAGGACAAGAAGCGAAACCCAAUCCUCAAAUACAUCGGAAAGCCCAAAAGCUCCUCCCAGAGCACAUUUCAUAUUCCCUUGUCCCCUGUGGAAGUCAAACCCGGCAACGUGAGGAACAUUAUUCAGCACUUUGAGAACAACCAACAGUGUGAUGCCCCAGAACCUGGGACACAGCGACUGUCGACAGGAAGCUUUCCUGAGGACCUGCUGGAAAGUGACAGUUCACGCUCAGAGAUCCGCCUGGGCCGCUCUGAGAGCCUCAAGGGCCGGGAAGAGAUGAAGCGGUCUCGGAAGACAGAGAACGUGCCCCGGUCCCGCAGCGACGUGGACAUGGACGCCGCAGCAGAGGCUACUCGCCUUCACCAGUCAGCCUCCUCCUCUGCCUCCAGCCUCUCCACCAGGUCUCUUGAGAACCCAACACCUCCCUUCACCCCCAAAAUGGGCCGCCGGAGCAUUGAGUCCCCCAGCUUGGGGUUCUGCACAGACCCCCUCCUUCCCCACCUCCUAGAGGACGACCUGGGCCAGCUGUCCGACCUGGAGCCAGAGCCAGAUGCGCAGAACUGGCAGCAUACAGUGGGCAAGGACGUGGUGGCCGGGCUAACCCAGAGGGAGAUCGACCGGCAGGAGGUCAUUAAUGAGCUGUUUGUGACUGAAGCAUCUCACCUGCGCACGCUGCGGGUCCUGGACCUCAUCUUCUACCAGAGGAUGAAGAAGGAGAACCUGAUGCCCCGAGAGGAGCUGGCCCAGCUCUUUCCUAACUUGCCAGAGCUCAUCGAGAUCCACAAUUCCUGGUGUGAGGCCAUGAAGAAGCUCCGGGAAGAGGGCCCCAUCAUCAGAGAGAUCAGCGACCUCAUGUUGGCUCGGUUUGACGGUGCCGCCCGGGAAGAGCUCCAGCAAGUGGCCGCACAGUUUUGCUCCCAUCAGUCCAUCGCCCUGGAGCUGAUCAAGACCAAGCAGCGCAAGGAGAGCCGCUUCCAGCUCUUCAUGCAGGAGGCCGAGAGCCACCCUCAGUGCCGGCGGCUGCAGCUUAGAGACCUCAUCAUCUCGGAGAUGCAGCGGCUCACCAAGUACCCCCUGCUGCUGGAGAGCAUCAUCAAGCACACGGAGGGGAGCUCCUCUGAGCAUGAGAAGCUCUGCCGGGCCCGCGACCAGUGCCGGGAGAUCCUCAAGUACGUGAAUGAGGCAGUGAAGCAGACCGAGAACCGGCACCGCUUAGAGGGCUACCAGAAACGGCUAGACGCCACCGCCCUGGAGAGGGCCAGCAACCCGCUGGCAGCAGAGUUCAAGAGCCUGGAUCUUACAACCAGAAGGAUGGUCCACGAGGGGCCCCUGACCUGGAGGAUCAGCAAGGAUAAGACCUUGGACCUGCACGUGCUGCUGCUGGAGGACCUCCUGGUGCUGCUGCAGAAGCAAGACGAGAAGCUGCUGCUCAAGUGCCACAGCAAGACGGCUGUGGGCUCCUCGGAUAGCAAGCAGACCUUCAGCCCCGUGCUCAAGCUCAACGCCGUGCUCAUCCGCUCUGUGGCCACAGAUAAGCGGGCCUUCUUCAUCAUCUGCACCUCCGAGUUGGGCCCACCCCAGAUCUACGAGCUGGUCGCCCUGACGUCCUCAGACAAGAACACGUGGAUGGAGCUCUUGGAAGAGGCUGUGCGCCAUGCCACCAGGCACCCUGGAGCUGCCCCAAAGCCCGUCCAUCCCCCGCCCCCUGGUCCCCAGGAGCCAGCCCACCAGGGCCCCUCACCCAUCAGGGGAGGACUGGAGGACUCAGAAGUGUUCCACAGUGAACCGGAACCUGAAGAGCAGCCUGGGGGCACUGAGCCCCAGCAGAGGGUGCCAGGGAAGCUCCACCCGGCGCUGCUGGAGGAUGCGGGGCAGGAGGGCAGUGGAGAGGAGGAAGAGCCCCGGGCCCUGUCCCACCCACCCACUCCCCUGGACGGAGAGAACAGGGGCAUCAGGGCAAGGGGCCCCAGCCAUCUGGCCCUCCCAGGCCCUCUGUUCAUGGAGGGGCUCGCUGAUUCCGCCCUGGAAGACGUGGAGAGCCUGCGGCACCUGAUCCUGUGGAGCCUGCUGCCAGGGCCCCCCGUGGAAGCACAGGCCGCUGGGGAGCCCGAGGAUGACUUGACGCCCACACCUUCCGUCAUCAGCGUCACCUCUCAUCCCUGGGACCCAGGCUCCCCGGGGCAAGGUCUUCCCAGAGGUGAAGGGAACAGCACCCAGCUCCCGGGGACAGAGGAGGGCCAGCCAGAACAGGAAGAUGUGGCUCUCUGUUCUCUGGAACACCUGCCCCCAAGGACCAGAAAUUCAGGGAUCUGGGAGUCUCCUGAGCUGGAUAGGAGUGCACCUGAAGAUGCUUCGGGCACAGAGGCCACAGGAAGUUACAAAGUUGUGAGAAAAGCCGAGAUGGCAGGCAGCAAGGUGGUCCCCGCGCUGCCCAGGAGUGGCCAGUCCGAACCUGAGCCACCUGACAUGGAAGGCGGAACAAAGGCGACGGGGAACUGUUUCUACGUCAGCAUGCCAGCGGGACCCUCGGACUCUAGCACUGACCCUUCGGGGGCACCUUGCAGCCCCUCCCAGCCUGACAGCCUCCCCACCUGGCAGACAGAGCAUCCGACCCAACUGCGGGCGGGCCAUGGAGGUCAAAGACGAGCCAGCCACUCGCUGCCCAGCCUGGCCUCCCGGGACGUGGGCAUGAUCUUCCGCACCAUUGAGCAGCUCACCCUCAAGCUCAAUAGGCUCAAGGACAUGGAGCUGGCCCACAGAGAGCUGCUCCGGUCCCUUGGGGGAGAGUCAUCUGGUGGCACCACGCCCGUGGGCAGUUUCCAUACAGAGGCAGCCAGGUGGGCAGACAGCUCCCUCUCGCCUCCAGCCAAGGAGCCCCUGGCCUCUGACACCAGGAACAGCCAUGACCCUGGGUCCUGCCCAGAAGAUGGCUCUGACACCCCCCCAGAAGACGGCACAGCAGACACAGCCAUGUCGCCAGGACUGUGACCACACACACUUCCAAAUCCUUUGCGUCCCCACCUCUCCUUCAGUACUGGCCUGAGGCAGGGGCACAGGGUGGGGAGACCCCAAACCUCCUCCCCGUGAAAGAGGUAGUGAGGGACACUGGGGUCCAUCCAAGGCCUGGGGGUUGACCCGGUCGCAUGUUGCUUGGUCUGCUCGGAUCCGAGUCAAAUUUCAGUGUCUUUUGCCCUCCCCCAGCCUCACCCUCCAGGGCAUGUGUCCCCUAAGCAUGCCGACUACGUCUGAAAGGCCCCACCACAGCUGUCUGCCCCGCGCUCACAUCCCUGUGUGCAGGGUCCCUGCGUGCCCAGACGUGCAGGUGAAAGGAGGCAGCUUCUGUGUAAAUGCACUUUCUCCCUCCCUUCUCCGCAGGACCCCCGGGGAGGUGGGUGCCUCCCCACUCCUCGUCACUUUGGUCUAUAAAUAUGUAUGUAUGAUA